AUGGCAUUAAAGUUUGAUGCAGCAUCGUACAGCUUUAGAAAAACAUGCCCGUACGUAGCCAAAGAUUUACUGCGUUGGUUUCCUGGGCACAUGAAUAAAGGUUUAAAACAGAUACAGAGGAAAUUAAAAUCCGUCGAUUGUGUCAUGGAAGUUCAUGACGCAAGAAUUCCUUUUUCUGGGAGAAAUCCCAUUUUUACAAGUACAAUAACAGGUGCAAAACCACAUAUAUUAGUGUUAAAUAAGAAAGACUUAGCCAUUAAAUCAUUAGUACCAAGAAUCAAGGAUCAGUUAAUGGCAGAAGAAGGUGUAAAACAUGUGGUGUUUACAAACAGUAAAGAUCAGUUAUGCAGAGGACUUAAAAUACUCAAACCGCUAAUGAUAGACCUGAUAAAAGACUCCAACAGAUACAAUAGAAGUGAAGAACAAGAUUACAAUGUGUUGAUAAUUGGUGUACCUAAUGUGGGUAAAUCUUCUUUAAUAAACAUGCUCAGAAGUAAAAAUACUCACCAGAAACAUGCUUUACAAGUUGGUGCGGUAGCUGGAGUUACAAAGAGUAUGCAUACUAAGAUAAGGAUAAAUAGCAAUCCUCAUAUUUUCAUGUUUGAUACACCUGGUAUUUUAGAGCCAUCGGUAACCAAUGUCGAGAUGGGUUUAAAGCUGGCACUUUGCGCAUCUUUACAAGACCAUUUAGUUGGAGAAGAGAUAAUAGCAGACUAUUUGCUGUACUGGCUCAAUGCUCAUGAGAACUUUAAAUAUGUAGAAUAUAUGGGAUUGGAGGAGCCAACCGAUGAUAUUAAUAGGGUACUAAUUGCUGGCAGUACGAAAUUCAACCGAAUAAGACGUGUCCGCGAUUAUGACGGCCGAAUGAGGGAUGUCCCAGAUUUAAUAGAAACAGCACGCACGAUGAUCCGGGGAUUCCGAACCGGGGAAUUAGGGAAGACAUUGCUCGAUAUACAUUUAUUAAAGGAGACAAGUAAAGAAAGCUUAAGAAGCCAUUCAGAGACAAAUUAA